UAGAGCGGGAAAAAGCGCAUAGUUCGGAAAUCAUUUAAAAGAAGGCAUAAGUUUGGAUCACUUCGCGUUCGCGUGAUUGUGAUUGCGGGCUCCCAGAGUGAAUGCACUCCCGUAUUCAAAACCUGAUUCUAAUGUAUCGGUGGCCGGUAUUUGUUUGUGCGUAUCUGUGCCAACCAAAAUGUGGGCGUGUCCGCCCCCGUCGCGCCAUAAAGUAAAGUGUCGCGAAGUGAAGUGCGAGAAUGUCCGCCCCCCGAUUUCCGAAAGGGCGCUGUGAAAUCCUGUGAGCUACGAUUCCUGGCUGCUGCGGUUGGCCUGCCAAAUAAAGCAAGAAAUAAGUUAAAACAUACGUUCUGUGCGGUCUGACUCGGUGGAAUAAAACAAAUCCUGGCCAACUGGCGGAGCAGCCCCAGUCACGUCCGCACUACCACAACUACUGCUCCGCCGGCACAGUGCGGUAUGCAAAUUCAACCGACAAGACUUCAUAAAAGCAAGGCAAAUAAUUAAAUAACAGCGCGGGAGCAAACAGCACGCAGCAGCAUGACAUUCUACUUGAGCCGAUGAAACUUGCAUGAACUAGCUGCGCGAAAUAAAUACGAAAUACCAAGUACCAAGUGCCAAAUACGAAAUCCGAAAUCCGAACGUUAAUCCCAAACCAAUCCCAGCUCCGUUCUGCCCAGGUGCGACAUCCGACAGAUGCCCACGCCCAGCGGAAUGUCCUGGCGGCAGAAGGAGCGCAGCGCGGGAGGUGCAAUUGGACGAGGGGCAGGCAUCCUGGACGGGACCGGGAGGAGCUCGGGAUAUGCCAGCAUACUGCUGGCGUUUCUGGCAGCUGUCAGCUUUCGUGGCAUGCGAGCGCCACUGGCAGCCACGGCCACUCCGAUGGAGAGCACCUCCCUAAUUUCCUCGCCUGCGAGGGGCACAACCACUAUGGAAUCGGCAGGAUCUCCUGUCCUGAUGCUGGGCGAUGACCAACAGCAGCAGGAGGACGACACAACGGUGGUCUAUCCCUGGAGCGACAGGCCCGACACUGCGACGCUGACAAGGGGUUUCUCGAUUCCCACGUACUUGCCGCCCUUUCCGGAAUUCAUGCCAGCCGAUUUGCCGCACAUGCUGCGGAAUGCCUCCUCUGAAGCAGCUCUCCGCGCGGACAUCAGCCCGUCCGGCAGUCCGAUGCCAUCUAAAUCCAACGAGCAGUCCCGUCUCUACGCCUACGACAGCGAACAAAAGGCCCAGCAGUUGCGGCGCGAGAAGGAGCUGGCCAAGGAGCGGGAGCUCCUGCCCCGGCGCCAGCUUAGCCUGCUCCCGCUGAACGCCACCGUCCAAGCUGGCCAACAUGCCUAUUUGCCGUGCAAGCUCAACCAGCACUCCGGAAAACCGCUCUCCUGGGUUCGGUUGCGGGAUGAACAUAUCAUUGCUGUGGAUCACACAACCUUCAUCAACGAUGCUCGGUUCGCCUCGCUGCUCCAGUCUUCCACCUCGACAACACUUGUAUCCGGAGGGGUCCUUUCCACCACUGCGACGGCCCCGGCUGUCCUGGAAAACUCCUCCCACGCUAUUCCUGGGGGUCAGGAGAGGGGCAAUAGCAGCAGCCUCAGCUGGACGCUGCAAAUCAAGUAUGUAAAGCUGGAGGACGCCGGCUGGUACGAGUGUCAGCUGGCAACGGAGCCCAAAAUGAGCGCCAAGGUGCAGCUGUUUGUGAUAACACCCCGAACCGAGCUAAUCGGCGAUCGGCAGCGCUUCGUGAAGGCGGGCAGCAGGGUGGAGCUGCACUGCAUCGUGCGUGGCACCCUGGAGGCCCCAAAGUAUAUAUUCUGGUACCGCGGCGACCAACAAGUGACUGCCGAAAACGAGGCCAGCGGCGCCCAGAGCGGAUGGUACACGCAAAUCGACCGGAAUAUCUUCGGCAGCACCGAGCACAAUCGGAACACAAUUGGUUCCCUGGUCAUUCCUCUUGUGCGCAAGAUUCACUCCGGCAACUAUACGUGUGAGCCGGAAAACAGUGCGGCCGCUUCUAUGCAAUUGCACGUCCUGAGCGGGGAGUACUCCGCCUCCGCCAUAAAAUCGACUGCUACUGGGCGACAUAGACUGGGCCACGGGUACACCAGUCUACACAAGUGGCUAAUCUUUCUUUUGGUGGCCCUAAACAAGACAUGAGUAAUCCUGGGAGAAGUCCUGCCAUGCAGAGCGCUGGAAUUAUCAUAUGAUCGGGUGUUUUGUCUAAGACAUUAGUUUUAUCUCUAGAUAAAAUGCACUUACACUCAAGCCAUUACAUUGUUUAUUAAGCUUACUUCUUAAAGUCUAAGCCGAACUUAGAAAGAAAACUUUUUUUAUACAAAUUCUAGACUUAACAAUGUUUCCUUUCCUCUAGUAAUAGGCCUUCAUCACUAAGUAUUAUAAUAAGCAUAAAAUUCUGAAUACUA